UUUAUAUAAGACACACACACUCACACAGAGAGAGUCUUCUUAAGCAUUUUUAUUCACUCUUGUGGAGCUCUUUUGCUUCACUGCCCAACCCCAAAAUCUUCAUGACGAUUAAAGAAUACAAACAGCAAGAAGAUGGGGAAACUUCGUGAGAAUAAUAAGAGUAUUACGCCUCUCGGGGAUAAUAAUAACUUCAUGGAAUUGCAGGACAGCCUUGAGCUUGAAGAGAAUAUUUCUGUGUUUUACGUUCAAGAUAUCGACGAGGCUUGUCGUUCUGGUAAUGGUGGUGGUGAUUUUGGACCCGAAAAUGAUGAUUUGACGGAGAAAAUUAUCUACUGGGAAACUCAAGAGGCCUUGCUUCAGGAAAUUCUGGAGUGCCAUAGCUUAACAGGUCAGAAGGUUCGACAAGAAGUAACGAGAAUCGUUGAGCUUUCAAGAGAGAGAGAAUUUUGCAGCUGCUCGAAGGCAAGCUGUGUUAAUGGCGGGUGCACUCACUGUCUGAGAAGAUUAGUAGUGAAUUUGCUUCGUGAUAACGGAUUCAAUGCCUCUCUCUGUACGUCCCAGUGGAAACGCACCAAAAACUGUCCUGGAGGAAGACAUGAAUACAUUGAAAUAUUAACGGUGGCCCCAGGACGCAAGAAGCAACUACCAUUUGUAGUUGAAUUGGAGUUUCGAGACCAGUUUGAGAUUGCUAAAGCUUCUGACGAGUACAAAAAACUGGUAGCACAAUUACCUGAAAUCUACAUAGGGAAAGCUGAGUACCUGAGGACCCUUGUGCGGAUUCUUUGUGAUGCAGCAAAGAGAUUCAUGGAGGAGAAGAAAAUCCACAUGGGGCCUUGGAGAACCAGAAGUUUCAUGGAAAUGAAAUGGUCUUACUCCUUGGAGAGGCGUUCUGCUGAUGAAUCCUUUAACAAUAAUGCCAUAUCUUCAAGAGUACAUGAAAAUUGCUUACAAUCAUCGCCAGCUCCAAUUGUGGUCAUCACCUAAUUAAAUUUCUCAUAGGAGUUUGACUAGUUUUGAUCCAAAAUUUUUCCCUUUUGGUUUGAGUAGUAGUAUUGAAUCUACUUAUAGUUAUUUAUCUUAUGGGUUCACAGGCGAGAAACAAUUUUCAAUUUGGCUCUUUUUAAUGAGAGCUUGCGGGAGUUUAUUAUAUUAUUAUGUAAUUUAUAUUAGCUAUUUGUAAUUUGAUGCAUCAUCUAUAUCUA